UUUCCUUUCUCGAGCGGUGGUUGCGGUUCUCAACAUGUGGAUUUUUCCAAUUCUUCUGCUGUUGGUACAGCAUUCCACAGGCAGCAUCCUGCCAAUGGAAUCUCCACAUGAGGACACAACAAUCAGUGAGGAGAGGCAGUCGCAGUGCAGAAAAAAAUUCGAGGAGCAGAACCAACAGCUGACGAGCCUGAAGGCACAACUGAAUGUCUAUCGGGACAAGGCCAGGGAACUGGAAAUGCUGCUGAACUACAGUAAUACGAUCGGGGAGAGACUGUGGGAGUCCUACAAAGCACAGACCGACUUCAAGCAGCAGGUCGAGAAGAUCCAAGUCCAGAACUCCACCAAUCAACUCGAGGAGGAUCAAAGACAGUCUUUUGAAAACCGCAUCAACGAAUUGGACUGGCUGUUGAAGAAUCGAGAUCUUAAAAUCAAGAAUAUUGAAACUCAAAUGAAACACAAGGAAGAUAGAACCAGGGGAUAUCUGAAAACCUUCAUGGAUAUAAUUGAGAAGGAGCUGGAGGGAAAAAGUAAAGAGGUUCUAACACGCAGAUUAUCACGCAUGCUGAUGUUUAUGGAAAUAAAAGAUCCACAUCUUGGUUACUGAAGAUCAAGCCUAUUAAACAUCAAGAGAUCAGAAUAUUUACUUCAUACAGGAUUCAACAGACAGGAGUGUCAAUACGCAUAUGGAGGAGUACUGAUUAAAUACAAUAUUAACUAUUAAACAAAGUACAUACUAAUAUAAAUAUAUACAUAUCAACAAUAUCUGCAAAAAUAUAUACAAUAUACCCAUUUCUCAGCUUUCAGUUUUAGACCUCAAAUCGUGGAAUCCUAUGGCAUCCACAAUUUAGACGAUACAAGAAAUUCGUUGAUGCAAAAUCAUAGAUAAUUCCUAUAUUUACGAAAUGGCAGAUAGAAUCUUGAUAAUCGAAAUAAAUCACGUUACAGUCCAUCUGUCACUUGGCUUUUUGAACACCUGGUUUUCGGACUCUUUUAAUGCCAGAGCAGCGCACUUUUGAGUGAAUACUUUUCGAAUUAAUGCUAGAAACUGAGAAAUGGGUAUUAUAAAGUGCCAA